CCCAUUUGCUUUGCCUCCACUACCUUUCCCUCCUCUGCUUUUGGUCAAUUUUGGAUCAUACCGUUGAUCUGUUUGGGAUCAAACACAACCAAAAAACCACCCAAAAAGAAGAAGAAGAAGAAACCCGCCCAAAGAAGAGGGGGAAAAAAAAGGUUGAAAUGCAGAUUCAGGUGAAGUGUAGUUGUGGAGAAGAGAAGUGCCCAGAAUGGGCAAUUGUAGAGUUGCAAGGUGUAGUUGAAGUGCAGCCCUCUUUCCAAGGCACUGUCCAGAACCUUGAAAUUGGACAACUUUGCCGCCCUUCUUCACAGGAAAACUACACUUUUACGGUUGGGUAUCAUGAAUUGUCAGGGUCAAAAGUGCCAUUGAAGAAGCCAUUUGUGGUACUUAAAAAAACAAGGCACUUGGAUGCAAACCAGAAUGGAGACAGUAAAUCAUCUAGUGUAGAUUUGGAAGUAGUGGGAAUUAUUCGCCAUCGGAUUUUGUUCAAAUCCAGACCAAAGGCCCUUAUAUCCAAGCCACAGCCAUUAGUGAAGGAAAAAGUCAGUGCAGGAGGGUCGGUUGCGCCAGACCAAUUAGCAUGAAAUUCAUCUAUGGUGCUUUCGAAAAUUCAGGGAAUUGAAGCAAGUGAGCUUUGAUAUUUGGGUUGUCUGGAUUCAUUUGAAUGCCCACUAGUCAGCUUCAUUUUCUGUCUUUGAUGUUUUUCUUACCUCUGAUUUUCUGGGUUCUGUACCAGCUGAUAUCACUCAGUGUCCAUAUCUCAUAUACAUUUGUACCUUUCUAAGUUCCUGGGUUUAGGGUUUUAGCUUUUGAAGGUUUGAUAAAAUAUUGAGGUUUAUAGUGUGAUGUUUCAUAUUUUGUAUUG